AUGGUGAUAGAAACCUCAUCUGAUGAGGAGAAGGAAAACACGAUUCAGUUGAAAAACGAAGCAUUGUCUGUCACUUGCUUAAUGCUUUCCGCAAUGGAACCUGAAUUGCAAGAAAGGUUUUUGAAUUUUGAUGCCUAUACAAUCAUAAGUGAACUGAAAACAUUGUUUCAAGAUCAGGCAAGGAUAGAACGAUAUGAGACUCACAAGGCUAUACUUGCUAGCAAGCUUGUGAAGGGAAAACCUGUCAGUCCUCAUGUAAUUAGUCUUACUAGACUAUUCAAAAGGAUGGAAAAUUUGGGGACCCCAUAUGACCAAGAGUUGGCCACUGAUAUUGUUCUUAGAUCCUUAUAUGAUGGUUUUGUAUCAUUCCGAAAGCAAUACUAUAUGAAUGGUCUAAAGCAUGAUUUGAAUGAGCUACAUAAUUUUCUUAAAAAUGUUGAAGGCAAUAUGAUUGAUGACAAGAGGAAGGAAGUUAUGAAUGUCAACAAUGAGAGGGGUUUUAAGAAGGUGGCCAAGAAAAGGAAUAAUAACCAAGAGAAAGACAAACAAGUUAUCAUACCCAAUGGUGGUGGGAAGUUAAGAGUAGCCUCUGAUCAUGAUUGUUUUUUCUGCAAAGCCAAGGGACACUAA